UACAUUUCCCAGUUGCCAUUGACACACAAAACUUAGGAAUUAUUACAAAGUGAAAAAUAUCACUAGUACUAUAGCCUAAUAAUCUCCCAAAACCUCCAAUGGGUUCACUCCCUUCACCACCAAGACCAACAGCCCCACCAUCGCCAGAAAAUUUUCACUCCAAUCACGUUGUGGUUGCUGUGUUUUGCCCUAGAGAACCAACCCCAGGUGUGAGCCUCCCUAACUCAAUUGAGCUCUAUUACCCAUCCAUCAACACAUGGACCUGUGUUGGCCCAAUUCCUGGCCUAAUUGAUGACCAAAUCUUAAAGGGGUUCGCAAUAGUCUCCCUAGGGGACUUUAUCUACAUAAUUGGUGGCCAAAUUUGUCACAAAGAAAUGGUCCACGUGUCCGAUGAAUGUGCUGACUACGUGGACGAGGGAAUCCAAGUUGUGCCAAAUGUUCUCCGUUACAACAUUAGGACCAACCAAUGGUUCAAUUGUGCUCCCCUAGGCGUGGCACGGUAUGAUUUCGCGUGCACCGUUUGUGACAACAAAAUCUACGUGGCGGGGGGGAAGUCCACGCUGGCAACCGCGCAUGGGAUCGCCUCGGCUGAGGUGUACGAGCCGGGGCUGGACACGUGGAGCCCUUUGCCGAAUUUGCACAUUUUGAGGUACAAGUGUAUAGGGGUGACGUGGCAAGGGAAGGUUUACAUAGUGGGGGGGUUUGCUGAGAGGGAGGACUCAAAUAAGACAAUGGCAAGCAUAGUGGAACGUAGUUCUGCUGAGGUGUAUGACAUGCAAGCAGGGAAGUGGGACCUCAUUGCGGGGAUGUGGCAAUUGGAUGUUCCACCUAAUCAGAUAGUGGCAGUGAAUGGUACUCUUUUCAGCUCAGGGGAUUGUUUGAAUGCAUGGAAGGGACACAUUGAGGCUUAUGAUGGGAAACUUUGGAAUGAAGUUGAUGGUUCACACAAGCAAAAUUUGUCAACAUUUGAGAACAAUUAUGAGAAUUGCCCUUCUAAUGAUCAACGUUUGUACCUAACUAUGGCACCAAUUGGGACUCGUUUGUUUUUCUUGGCAGGUUAUAGGAUAGGUGGGGAAGUGCCGAGAACCAUGUCUGUGGUGCACAUGUUUGACACUUCAGCCACCAGAGAUGCUUGGAGGAGCUUUGAGCCAAUGGAAUCUGAGGGUCAGAAAGAGCUUUGUGGCCAUUGCUGUGUUGUGCAACUCUCUUAACUAAGAGUUGAAAAAAAAAAAAGAAUGAUUUGUGUUUAAUUUAUAGACUAUAUGUUAUAAUGAAUGCAGAAGUUUUUUACUAGUUA